GGCCAGGAUGCAGCAGUCAGACACUCAGUUCUCCAAACUGCAGUGGUUAUUAAUCGUUGGUGGUUUGGUUUUGUACGUGGGGGACAUUGGGACCGACGUUGCGCUGGCUUUGACAUAUUUUCAAGAGGCUCAGUAUGCGUGGAGUGGACUGACUGUAAUGUUUAUCCUGAGUGGGAUGCUCGUAACCCAGAUCUUCAGCUACGCCUGGUUCUGGGACGAUACGAGGAAUGGAGAGGAAACGACAGCCGGCAUGUCGAAGAGGAAAUUUGCUGCUCUGCACGUGCUUGGCAUGGGGAUCUUCACAAGGUAUUAUCACCUGCUCAAAGAAGGAUUCAAGGAGCUCUGGACGACAACAAAUGCAAACCAAGCAGAAGUUCCAGAAAGGCACCUCAGACUUUUCUGCAUGGCUACUGAUCUGAGCAUGCUGAAGCUGUUUGAGACCUUCCUGGAAGGUGCUCCUCAACUCCUUUUACAGCUCUAUAUACAAGGACGUCAUGAGUGGCCACUUUUGCGAAUUAUCUCCGUGGCCUUCUCUUUCUGCAACAUGGCCUGGUCCUUGGUGGACUACCGACGCAACCUCCGUAGGUCUCUUCCUCACAUCAGAGACAUGCCCUCAGGCGUUCCCACAGCCGUCUACCUCUUCUACAAACUCGGCACCAUCUCUAGUGUGAUUCUCAGCUACAGCUUCCUCCUCACGCUCAGCAUCUACAGCACAAUAGCGUUCACCUUGUUCUGGCUGCUGGGAACGACGUGGGCUCACUGGCUGCAAACCGACUUCUGCUCAUCCAGAGUCCUUGAGCUUCUGUACCGCGCUGUCGUGGGAGUUAUCCUCGUUUUCAGCUUUUUUAACGUAAAAGGACAAAACACCAAAGAAGCCAUGGUUAUUUUUUACUUUUUCCACAGCGUUGUAAGUGUCGCGGCUCCCUUACUGUUGGCUUUUUUAAAGCCUGAGCUGCAGAGCACGACAUAUUUUUGGACAGUUGGUGGUUUAAUCUAUGGAGGUUUGUUGGUGGGGUUGUUGUGCCUUGUUUUGUAUUAUCGCUUCCUGCAUCCUAGACCCCCUGACUUCGAUGAGGUGGAUGGACUGAAGACGGAAACAGCGACAGCAAACAGAUUAAGGACAUUUUUACAGUUUUGA